CCGCCUGGUCAGCUGGUUUUAACCAUUCGCGUAUUAUAGAUCUUCCUCAUGGUAAACCUAUCGCGAGCAACUAGGUAGAUCCCGAUGCCGAUCUCCUGGUGUCUACUUUGAAAUUAAAUUAGCUAAACAUUGGAUAGAACAUCAGUGGCCCGCGCGCCGCAUGUGCGCGAGUGUGCAGCUUCACCGGAAACAUCAUCAACACGGUACGAGGACCAGAUCGUCUAUAAAAGAAGAGACCGAGUUGAAGAAGAAAGAAGAGGGUAGUGACUUAGGAAAGGGAUUGCGCGCGCGCAAUCAGACAGGAAAUGACCAUAUCGUACGCGAGCGAAGUGCCGAACGGCUCUAGCUUUGGCUGCUUCUGGAGGAUUCUAAUCAAAUGGCGUGGCUCCGUUUACAAGCUUAUCUGGCGGGAACUACUGGCGUACCUGUUCUUCUACUACCUCAUCAAUUUUACAUAUCGAUACGUGCUUAAUGAGCACCAGCGGUUAAUUUUCGAAAAAAUUCGUUAUUACUUCGGCAACUCCAGCGAAUCUAUACCUAUGUCAUUCGUCCUGGGAUUCUACGUGAGCCUUGUUGUGAAGAGAUGGUGGGAGCAGUAUAAGCUUUUACCCUGGCCCGAUAAUCUGGCCCUCUUCAUCAGCGCCGCCAUUCCUGGAAAUGAUGAACGGGGGCGAUUGAUGAGACGCAACAUUGUGAGGUAUGCCGUGCUCGCGUACGUCAUUACAUUGCAAAGGAUUUCGCUCCGCGUUAAGAGGCGUUUCCCAACUCUUCAGCAUAUGGUAGAUGUAGGUCUGAUGAUGGAAUCGGAAAAGAAAAUCUUUGAGAUGAUGAACAAGAAGGCGGCCAUGUCUAAAUAUUGGAUGCCGUUAGUCUGGGCGACUAAUAUCAUCAACAGGGCAAGGAAAGAAGCUCUGAUUACUAGCGAUCAUGUAGUACAAACUCUCCUUGUCGAACUCAGUGACAUCCGGAAGAGGCUUGGUGCAUUGAUUGGUUACGAUACUGUCUGUGUUCCUCUAGUCUACACUCAGGUGGUAACAUUAUCGCUGUAUGCCUACUUUUUCUCAGCUUUACUUGGCAGACAAUUCGUCGAACAUUCUAAUGGCACCGGAAAAUAUGAAGAACCGGACAUGUAUUUCCCGUUUUUCACAGCGCUGCAGUUUUGUUUUUACAUUGGAUGGCUGAAAGUUGCAGAGGUGUUGAUUAAUCCUUUCGGCGAAGAUGAUGACGACAUCGAGCUGAAUUGGUUAAUAGACAGACAUAUCAAAGCAGGUUACAUGAUCGUUGAUGAGAUGCACGAAGAACAUCCGGAGCUUCUGAAAGAUCAAUACUGGGAUGAAGUUGUGCCCAAGGACUUGCCAUACACAGUCGCUAGUGAGCAAUAUCGAAAAGAAGAACCAAAAGGUUCCGCGGAACAUUAUAAAGUAAAAGAUAGCGAUGCUCUUUAUGCAAACGUUAUGCUGGGCACACAGAUUCAUAGUCAUGGUCAGCAUCGUAAAUCUCAUCAGGAUGAUGUGUACGCCGAUUAUGAGAGUGUGGAUACUCCAUUAGUGGAACGAAAGAAGAAUGGCUGGUUCCAAAGGCAGAUCACCCGAGUUGGUUCGGUACGUAGUUCUUCAACUACGUAUAGUAGCGGCGGUGGUUUUUUCACACGAAACCGACACAACAGCGUGUACAGUAGCCCUGAGACUGGUGGUCUCCCGCAAACAAAUAAUCCUAAUCUCAAAAUAUCGCUCUACGAUCGUCUCGUCGGACGAAAAAGCGUUCGAAGUCAGCGUAUGGGUCGUCAAGGUACUAUGACGAAGCUGAACUCGGUGCCAGUAUCUUUGAAGAACAGACCACGCAUACCAACUCCGGAUGUGACGAAGGAGGUAAUCGAUCGUGAACAGAGGUUGGCUUUGUCCGCCGCUAAUGCGGCAAACAUCGGCGCAGGUGUGGUGGGCGUGAUACCAGCAAACGGUCACUAUCCAACUGAUUUGUCGGUAGUGGUAUUGUCGCCGAUACAGGAAACUGAAAGCACGCCCGCCUCGGGGAAAUCAGGAGCGGCGGCUUUGGCGCAGGCCGUGCUUUCGCCGACGUUAACUAGCGCUGGCCUAAUGACGCCAGUUACCUUAACACCGGUCACUAUGGGUCAUCUGACGCAAUUAGGUUUGAUGACGACGGCGACAACAACGACGCCACAUCUUAAUAAUCAGAAUAACAGCGUCCAGGCGACAUUGACAGAGGUCACAAGCAGCGAAGAGGAAGGUAGCGGAAGCGGUAGCAGCAGAAGCGGAAGUAUCACUGGACAAGAGGAUCGCUCAACACCAUUGAUCGACAACAACAACAGCCCGAUGGGUAGCAACGGCAGUUCACCCAUUUUCGAUGGCUACAAUGAUCGUUCGCCAAUCUUGAUGAGACCCGAGAAAUUGGGCUAUGUGGUCGCUGCUGUGCCCGGAAUUCAAGCCAAUAGGGCGAUGGCGAUAGAUGCGCGAGGUAGACGAUCGGCCUCGCUGCCCGGUCCACCAGUAUCACCGGCGCAGCCAAGUAAUGACAGAAGCAUGUCGUUACCACAAUCUCCAGGAUUGCAACCGAGAGAAAUUCGCAUAGCCUCCGUAUCGAAUAGACAAGAUGGUUUUGCCAUGGACAGGCUAAUCAUCGGGUCCAAUAAUCAAGGCAUUCGAUCGAGGACCAACAGUUUCGGUCAUGAUCUCUCCAGGUCCAAUCAAAGGGGCCAGGAUGCCUCAAGAAAAAUUAGUACCAUCUCGUGUACAAAUGCGUCGCUUUCAAAUAGCACGACAUCCCCGACGUCAUCUACGAGCAUAUCUGCCACGACGACCGUCACCAGUAGCAAGAGAGGAGAAGUUUACGUUUGA